AUGUACGGCAGUGCCAGAGCCGCCAGCCACAUCGACAGCAGCCCCUCCCGCUCGCCACGCCUGCCUCGCUCGCCCCGCCUCGGGCACCGCAGGGUCCACAGCGGGGGGGGGCGGCGGGCGGCGGGGGGGGGGGGCAAGACGCUCUCUAUGGAGAACAUCCAGUCUCUCAACGCCGCCUACGCCACCUCGGGGCCCAUGUACCUGAGCGACCAGGAGGCUGUGGGCUCCACCGCCACCUACCCCAAGGGCACCGUGACCCUAGGCCGCGCCUCCAACCGGGCCAUGUAUGGAGGCCGGGUCACCGCCAUGGGCAGCAGCCCCAACAUUGCCACAGUGGGGCUGGGCCACCACCAUGCCGACCUGCUCUCCUACAGCGACCUGGGCUCCCUGUCCAUGCUGCAGCACCACCACCACCACCAGCAGGGGCUGCCCUCGGCACUGCUGCGGCAGGCGGUGCGGGGUGGGGGGGAGCUGUUGGAGAUGCAGGCCCAGCUCAGGGACAUGCAGAGGGAGAAUGAGCUGCUGAGGAGGGAGCUGGACCUGAAGGACAGCAAGCUGGGGUCCUCCACCAACAGCAUCAAGAGCUUCUGGAGCCCCGAGCUGAAGAAGGAGAGGGUGAUGAGGAAGGAGGAGGCUGCAAGGACCUCCAUCUUGAAGGAGCAGAUGAGGGUCACCCACGAGGAGAACCAGCACCUCCAGCUCACCAUCCAGGCCUUGCAGGAUGAGUUGCGUACCCAGAGAGACCUGAACCACCUGCUGCAGCAGGAGAGCCGGCUAGGCUCUGACCACUUCACCUCCAUCGAGCUCAACGAGGACAACUUCCGCCGGCUGCAGGCGGAACAUGACCGUCAGGCCAAGGAGCUGUUCCUGCUGAGGAAGACCCUGGAGGAGAUGGAGCUGAGGAUCGAGACCCAGAAGCAGACUCUGGGCGCCAGGGAUGAGUCUAUCAAGAAGCUGCUGGAGAUGCUGCAGAGCAAGGGCCUGCCCCCAGGGCUGGGCCGGGGGGCGGAAGAGGAGGAGCAGGAGCGGACGAGACGCAUCGCGGAGGCAGAGGCUCAGCUGGGACACCUGGAGGUCAUCCUGGACCAGAAGGAGAAGGAGAACAUCCACCUCCGAGAGGAGCUGCACAGGAGGAACCAGCUGCACCAGGACCCAGGGAAGACCAAGGCUCUGCAGACCAUCAUAGAGAUGAAGGAUACCAAGAUUGCGUCUUUGGAGCGCAACAUUCGGGAUCUGGAGGACGAGAUCCAGAUGCUGAAAGCAAGCGGUCUUCUGAACUCCGAGGACAGGGAGGAAGAACUAAAACAGAUGGAGAUCUACAAGAACCACUCCAAGUUCAUGAAGACCAAGAUCGACCAGUUGAAGCAGGAGCUGUCUAAGAAGGAGUCCGAGCUGCUGGCUCUGCAGACCAAGCUGGAGACGCUGAACAACCAGAACUCAGACUGCAAGCAGCACAUCGAGGUGCUGAAGGAGUCGCUCACUGCCAAGGAGCAGCGAGCUGCCAUCCUGCAGACAGAGGUGGACGCCCUGCGUCUGCGUCUGGAGGAGAAGGAGUCGUUCCUGAACAAGAAGAGCAAGCAGCUGCAGGAGCUGACGGAGGAGAAGGGCUCCCUGGCAGGGGAGAUCCGGGACAUGAAGGACAUGCUGGAGGUCAAGGAGAGGAAGAUCAACGUCCUGCAGAAGAAGAUUGAGAACUUGCAGGAGCAGCUGAGGGACAAGGACAAGCAGUUGUGCAGUCUGAAGGACCGGGUCAAGUCCCUGCAGACGGACUCCAGCAACACGGACACGGCCCUGGCCACCCUGGAGGAGGCUCUGUCUGAGAAGGAGAGGAUCAUCGAGCGGCUGAAGGACCAGAGAGAGAGGGAGGACAGGGAGAGGCUGGAUGAAGUGGAGUCCUACAAGAAGGAAAACAAGGACCUCAAGGAAAAAGUCAACAGUUUGCAGGUGGAGUUAACAGAGAAGGAGUCCAGCCUGAUAGACCUGAAGGAGCAUGCAUCGUCACUGGCCUCCUCUGGGCUGAAGAAGGACUCCAAGCUGAAGACCCUGGAGAUCGCCAUCGAGCAGAAGAAGGAGGAGUGCAGCAAGCUGGAGACACAGCUGCAGAAGGCCCAUGAGGUGGAGCAGCAGGGGGGGUCCCGGGGGGCACCAGAGUACGGGGAGCGGGUGAAGCAGCUGGAGAAGGAGCUGUCCUUCUACAAGGAGGAGUCAGGCAAGGCCCAGGCGGAGGUGGAGAGACUGCUGGACAUCCUGAGGGAGGUGGAGACAGAGAAGACCGACAAGGACAAGAAGAUUGCAGAGCUGGAGAGGCAAGGCAAGGACCAACUAACCAAGAAGGGUCCAAACAUUAAGCUGGGACCUCAAGGGGAAAAGAAAAUCAUAGGUCAAGACCCUCGCAAGGACAACACCAUGGAUAGUAGCCAGCACGUGAAGCUGGAGGAGCUGAUGAACACGCUGGAGAGGACCAGGCAGGAGCUGGAGGCCACCAAACAGCGUCUCUCCUCCACGCAGCAGUCCCUGCAUGAGCGGGAUGGCCACCUGACCAACCUGAGGCAGGAACGCAGGAAACAGCUGGAGGAGAUCCUGGAGAUGAAGCAGCAAGCCUUGCUAGCAGCCAUCAGUGAGAAGGAUGCUAAUAUUGCCCUCCUGGAGCUGUCUGCUUCCAACAAGAAGAAGAGUCAGGAGGAGGUGCUGGGGCUGAAGAGGGAGAAAGACAGACUGAUGCACCAGCUCAAACAACAGACCCAGAGCAGGAUGAAGCUGAUCGCUGACAACUAUGAGGAUGACCACUACCACCCCCCCCCUGACCAGGUAAGCUCUCAACCCUCCCCUGACCAGGAUGAUGAGGAGGGGAUCUGGGCAUAA